CGCAUCCUUGAGAAACUGACAGAAGGAAGAAUAUGUAACCGAAGACGAAAAUGCUUUUUCUCCAACGAGACAAAAAUGAGAUAUUUUCUCAAGUGUUGACUAACAACAAUCCUCUCUGCAGCUUAUCGGGUGUCCCGGACUGCACUUCCGUGUCGUGUGACGUUUGCGAAAAUAAGAUAAAGCAGUAACAGCACAGGGCAGGCCUGAAUUAAAGGUUGAAAUACGUACAGCUGUGGCAAAGCUCUCCAGCCUUAAAGACGAAAACUAUGAAUAAAAGUCGAAGUCAACGUCCGAAGCGGCCACCGACUGUAGAUACAGUUUCACCUCUAAAGAUAUUCCUCGUUCCUCUGGAGAUCCUUGAGGAGAUCUUCCUGAAUCUUCCUCCCCAUCAUGUGGUUCGUGUUUGUCGGUUAGUGUGCCUUCAGUGGAAAGAAGUGGCUGACAGUGAGUCUCUGUGGAAAGAGAGAUGUAGAAGAGAAGGAUAUCGCCUCCGCGAUGCUUCCAAAAUACCCAAAGACUGGAGGUUAUUUUACUUCUUGUGCACAAAGAGAAGAAAUCUUCUCAAAAAUCCAAGAGGAGAACAAAACCUGAGCGGAUGGCAAAUUUUGGAGAAUGGUGGUAAUGCAUGGGCUGUACAUGAUUUAAGAGUACCACAUCCAGACGAGACGGUCCAGAAGAACUUUGUGACCUCUUUCAGCAUGUGCAGGAAGUUGCAACUGAUCGAUUUGGAGAAAGAAGGUUACAAUCCAUCAUUUAUGGAUCACUUCCAGCCGGAUAUCAGAAUAUCUGACUGGUAUUCCCCAAGAACAGAUUGUGGCAGUAAAUACGUGAUCUGCGUAGAGUUGUUGAAUCAAAGGAAGAAGCCUGUGCAGACGUUUGCGCCUGAGACUGUUUACUUUCAGCAGUGGAGCGAAGAGAAGUGGAAUCAGAUGACCCAUGUAUUCCAGAACUAUGGACCAGGAGUGAGAUACAUCCGUUUUACCCACGGAGGUAAGGACACACAGUUCUGGGCAGGAUGGUAUGGAAUCCGCCUCACUGACAGCUGUGUAGAGAUAUGUCCAGCCAUGGACACAUCGGGAUUCAUCUAGUGCCUGCUUCCUGCCUUUGCCUUCAAUUGCACUUUUAAGUUGUAUUUGCCUUAUACAAUCUGCAGUUAUUUAACAUGUACAAAGAAUAUGUCUCUGUGGUGGAAAUUCCUGUAAAAAGAGUUCACAGCAAGCAAAGUGUCUCUUUUAUGUUCGGCUAAUAAACCAGCAUACGGUAAUCCCUAAUUUAUGUGACACUUUAUACGAGUUUAAUGAGAACAAUGUAGCUUUAUAUAUUAAAAACGUCUGACUCUGUGCUUAUAUAUGAGGUCACUCAAAGGUCGAGGUGUGUAUGGCUGUAGUUCUUCGUAUUUUUCCGGCACAUACUUGAUCUGCAUAAUACAUGAUGCACAUUUACAGUAGCAGAGCACACUAAAGCCCCUUUCCAACUGCACAAAACACUGUCUUUUUAAUGCAGUGGGAAAGGUCAUAAUUGGCAUUCACACCCGAAUCAAAUGACCCUGCAGUAUAGUCACAAGUAUGUAUCGGCUCAAGCUUCAAUCGGCAUUAACUGAAUAAAAAUCCCUAGUGAAUGUGCUAAUUUCAGCACCCUUACAGCGAGAUGCAAAGAUGCACCACCGCAAAAUACGGUCCGACUCCGCCCAAGCAGUGCUCAAACAUCCAAAUUAGUCUGCAACGACUUUGAAAGAGAAACUAAAUAAGGUAGAGAUUUAUAAAAAGAAGUAACCACCGUGAAGUUUUCACAUGCCACCAUGCAGCUUUCCACUGUUGACUAACCUGUUUUGUGACACACCAAAAAAAAAAAGAACACACACACACACAGAGAAAGAGAGAGAAAGGCACACUCCUCUGCUGCAGACCCAUGUCAACAGCUCUUGUCUACUGGUAAUAGGAAAGAUGGGUUACCCAUCAGGGCUGUGUCUAGGAAGUUGCCUGGGGUGGCACGGAAAUCUUGAAUCCCUGAAAUCUUAUUGGCUACCCCACCUUAUUGUGACUGACUAUCUGCCCAGUCAGUUUGAACUGUUUGAUGAGUACAAUGAAUUUUUUUGUUUAUAGAUGCAAUUUGGUCUUAAACUCAACUAGAAACAGGAAUGUAAGACACUGUUUUGUUUGUUAAAGUAGUUACAGGUAGUGGAGACAAAAAUGGCAGUAUAAAGCUAUGCCGACGCGUGUGCCUGCUGCAGGGCUCAUACUUCAUACCACCUCUAUAAGUAAGUGCCCCACUUAGGCCACCCGAGUAAAAAAAAAGUCUCAACACGCCACUGUUACUAGUGUUUAAAAACUUGGGUACACGCGCUAAUUUUGGUGGAAAAAGGAUCUCACACUUGGUGCUACAAGAAUUGCAUUGAGUAUUAAAGGGUAUAUCCACUUCUCAAGAGAGCUUCAUACCAAUAUGUUUGCAUUUACAUUUAAGCUGAAAUUAUUUGGUUAUGUAUCUUUUAGUAACAUUGCAUGACAGCUGGUCAUGAAAUUAGUUAGGGCAGUAUUCAGUGUUAGUGACAGUGCAUUGAGGCAGCUUUGCCUCUGAUGUUGUUUGCCUCUUGGUCAUCUUUACUGAAAGGUUAUUGCAGGUCGUAUGAAGGCAUCAGUGUAACAAUGAAGUGCAGUAACUUGGCUACUGAAAUGCAUAUUCUGUACAGUGGAAGUUGUCAGUGUCAAAGAAGUUUCACACUCUGUCAGGCUGUUUAUAAAGGGAUUCCUCUUUAUGAAAGUUUAACAGUGCAGCACUGUUUUUUGGCAUGUCAACCUUCUGUGUGUUUUCAAGUUUGUUUGCUUUUUGCUUUGCUUUCGUUUUAUUGUUUCUUUUUACUGUUUUAAUGGUCUUUUUAUGGAUUUUCCUCUUUGCACUGCUGCCUUGCCCUGCUCAGUAAUGUGACAGGUUUAAUGAACAGCUGUUCUGUUGUACUUUGUUAAAAUCCUUUAUUUUGUGUUGAUCAGUCCUGUGUCUGCUUUGAAAAUGUAUGGGCUACGGUAUUUUUACAACUUUAUUUAUGUGAACAAGUCAGUCAUUAUACUGUAGCCUGUUUGAAGUUAGAGUUAGAAUUUAACAUAAUGCUUGAUCAUUGUUUUUGUUAUGUCAAAAAGGAAAUACAACUUUAAUGAAUAAAAAUCAAA